ACGCUAGCCCAGUUUUGCACGCCAAGCAAAAAGAGGCAACAACAAGCACGAGCGAGCUUGCACAGUUGAGCAGCCAGCUUCUCGUUCAAGCACACAUCGAUCACUCGACCAUCGCCAGCAGCGCGGCCGGCCGGACACCCCAGAUAGCAAAUCAGCACCAUGGCCAGCAGCGACGGCGCGCCGGACGCCGUCGCCGCGAAACUCCAAAAGCAACUGGAGUACUAUUUCAGCGACGCCAACUUGAGAAGGGACGCACACCUGAAGGGCCUGGCGGGCGCCGACGACGAUAGCACGCUUCGGCAAUGGGUCGAUUUGGAGCACGUGCUGGCCUUCUCGCGUGCGCGCACGAUUCUCGACGAGCUGCCUAGUACUACUGACGGAGAGCCAGCGAAGAAACGGGCCAAGACGAUCCCAAGCGUCGCAUUAACCGCUACGCGUGCGUCGAGCGCGCUGGAGCUCUCCGACGACGGCACGAAAAUCCGCCGCGCUCAACCCUACGUCGAGGUCGACGCGAAGGAGCUCGCCGCGCGGACGGUGUAUGUGGAGCCCGUCGCCGACGACGCCUCGAUCGACAGUAUUCAGGCGCGCUUUGCCCCGCACGGAACCGUGGCAAAUGUAUCGCUCCCGCGGGGCCGUGGUUUUGGCUUCGUAGAGUUCGAGGCGCGCGAGUCCGCGCAAAAGGCCGUCGCGGCGUUGGACGGCGUCGACGGCGUCGCCGUGCUCACAAAAGGCGAGUGGGAGCGCAUCGACCGGCGGUGGAAGGACCUCUCGCGGUCGCCGGCGGUGGCGCAAGCGCGGCGGCGGCGGCGGAACGUCGCGGAGGCCGCUGCUCCGAAGCUUGGGGGCUCGAAGAUUCGGCCCGGGAGCUUUGCUGGAAAGGGGGGCAAGAAGUAAUCUGUGUGUUGCA